CUUUGGUCCUUUGUCAUUUUAGGAACAAGUUGAUUCGCUAUAAUCUAUCAAUAUAGUGGUUUCAUGAAGGUCUCAGUGUUACACAAUAUAGCUGACCAUGAACAAGAUAAAGAAGAAGAUGCCUGAGCGGAUCCUGAAUCACAUCCUGGAGAUUCUCUACCUGCUGACGGGAGAGCGUGUGACUAACUCACUGACAGCGAGUCACAUGACCGGGGACAAGAUGGCGACAGAGAGAAUACUGACCCACACCCUGCAGAUCAUGUAUCUGCUGACAGGGGAGGUGCCUAUAAAGUGUGAUGACGUUGCCGUGUAUUUCUCUAUGGAGGAGUGGGAUUAUAUAGAGGGACACAAGGAGUUUUACAAGGACGUCAUGAUGGAGACUCAGCAAGCACUAAGGACUAAGGAGAUCCCAGGAAAUCAGAGCUCAGAACUAACAGGUCACAAUGAUGAGAAUCUAGACACAGGAGCACAGGAAGAGCUUGUAUAUAACGUUCAGCCAGUGGAUACCUCAUCAGAUGUCUCUGCAGGUGAAUAUGAUGCUGUAAUUUCAUAUAAUUCUGAACAAACAGAAGAUCAGUGGCUAAGAAAUAUGACAGAAGCUCCAGAGGAGGAAAUAUGUAAAAGUCGUAGCAUUGGUGAUGUUAAGGCUGAAGUGACACUUAAUGCUGAACAAACUAUUGAUCUGUAUGUAAAUAGACAACUAGAAGCUGUGAAGCAGGAAAUCAGUGACAGUAUUAGUACAGGUGAUUAUGAUGCUUUGAUUUCAUGUAAUUCGGAACAAACACAAGAUCAGUGGCUAAGUAAUAUGACUAAAGCUCCAGAGCAGGAAAUAUGUGACAAUAUUAGCACUGGUGAUGUUAAGACUGAAGUCACACUUAAUGCUGAACAAACAAAUGAUCUGUAUGUAAUGAGUCAAUUGGAAGCUGUGAAGCAGAAAAUCAGUGACGAUAUUAGUACAGGUGAUGUUAAGACUGAAGUCACACUUAAUGCUGAACAAACAAAUGAUCUGUAUGUAAUGAGUCAAUUGGAAGCUGUGAAGCAGAAAAUCAGUGACGAUAUUAGUACAGGUGAUGUUAAGACUGAAGUCACACUUAAUGCUGAACAAACAAAUGAUCUGUAUGUAAUGAGUCAACUGGAAGCUGUAAAGCAGGAAAUCAGUGACGAUAUUAGUACAGGUGAUGUUAAGACUGAAGUCACACUUAAUGCUGAACAAACAAAUGAUCUGUAUGUAAUGAGUCAACUGGAAGCUGUAAAGCAGGAAAUCAGUGACGAUAUUAGUACAGGUGAAUUCACAAACUGCAAUAAAUCUAGCCAUGGCCAGAGUCCCGACAUUUCUAUAAAUUUUCUUCAAAUUCAAAGAAGCCUAUCAGGAAAUUCAUGUUCUGAAUGUGGGAAAUGUUUUACUCGGAAAUCAACUCUUGUUCAUCAUCAGAAGCUUCAUACAGGAGAGAAGCUAUUUUCCUGUGCUGACUGUGGGAAAUGUUUUAUUCGGAAAUCAACUCUUAUUUAUCACCAGAAAAUUCAUACAGGAGAGAAAACAUUCUCAUGUCCUGAUUGUGAGAAAUGUUUUCUUUUGAAAUCAGAUCUUACUAGACAUCAGAAAAUUCAUUCAGGGGUGAAAGCAUUUUCAUGUUCUUAUUGUGGAAAAUAUUUUACUCGGAAAUCAAAUCUUAUUACACAUCAGAAAAUUCAUACAGGAGAGAAAGAAUUUUCCUGUUCUGAAUGUGGAAAAUGUUUUACUCGGAAAUCAACUCUUAUUCAGCAUCAGACAAUUCAUUCAGGAGAGAAAGCGUUUUCAUGUUCAGACUGUGGGAAAAGUUUUACUCUGAAAUCAUAUCUUAUUAUGCAUCAGAAAAUUCACACAGGAAAUAAAGCAUUUUCAUGUUCGGACUGUGGGAAAUGUUUUACUCUGAAAGCAUAUCUUCUUAUGCAUCAGAGAAUUCAUACAGGAGAGAAGCCAUUUUCCUGUUCUGAGUGUGGAAAGUGUUUUGUUCACAAAUCAUCCCUAAAUGAUCAUCAGAAAAUUCAUACAGGAGGGAAAGUAUUUUCAUGUUCAGAACGUGGUAAAUGUUUUACUCAGAAGUCACAUCUUAUUCCCCAUCAGAAAAUUCAUAUUAAAGGAAAUGAGGGAAAUUAGAGCUUAACCUCUAGUUCAGCGGGUGACACACACAGGCCCAUUUAUCAAAGGGCUUGCGGACCUGAUCCGACACUGCGGAUCAGGUCCGCAAGACCUCGCUAAAUGCGGAGAGCAAUACGCUCUCCACAUUUAACAUUGCACCAGCAGCUCACAAGAGCUGCUGGUGCAACGCCGCCCCCUGCUUACUCGCUGCCAAUCGGCCGCCAGCAGGGAGCUGUCAAUCAACCCGAUCGUAUUCGAUCGGGUUGAUGUCCGGCGAUUCCUGUCCGCCUGCUCAGAGCAGACGGACAGGGUUAUGGAGCAGCGGUCUUUAGACCGCUGCUUCAUAAGUUGUGUUUCUGGUGAGUCUGAAGACUCGCCAGAAACACGGCCCUUCAAGCUCCGUACGGAGCUUUAUAAAUGGGCCUGAUAGUCAUCAUCCGCACUAUACCUAGAGUGCAGAUAAUGACUAAAUGUUGUCAGGGGGUACACUUUUGGUUCUGUUUAAGUCCCUUCUGCAGCUUAAGUGGGUAUAAGUUGAUCUAAUGUGUUUGACAUUCCUGGGGGGGUCCAGGGUCCCUAUAUAGUUUUGCAUAGUCAGGUGAUCACCUGGCAUAAAUAAAAUAUACAUUUACUUGAGUCGGUAGGGAGCCCCUAUGUGUAGAUCAAAGUUACAUAAACAUACCCAAAGGCCCUUAUUUGUAUGUUGAUAAACCCUUCUUUGAAUUGUAGGUACUGUUGAGGGCAGUUAUAGGUGAUCAAUGAGGUGACAACAUAUCCCUAGCUGUAAUUUAGAUUGACCAGUUAUAUAGGUGUACUGGGUGAGCCCCUACAUUAACAUCAAAAGUGCAAGAGGACCCCAAAAGCCCUUGUCAGGAUGAGGAUAACUUCCCUGGCUUUAUAAAAUGCAUUAUGCAUUUUUUUUAUUUUGAUUUUCAAUUGAUUAUUUUAAUAGAAAAACAAUAAAGUUUGAAUAAAUUAUAUAAACACGAUACCUUGUAGUAUAAAGUUGUGAACACUGGAGACAAUGUAGUAGAAUUGAUAUGAUGUGAUUUUUUUUAUAUGUUUAGUUUUGUGUAUUAAAACUUCUUUGCAAUAUACUUUUUUUGUCCCUUUUUAUGUGAUGUCACUAAAAAUGUUGGGUUUUCCAAUUCUCAGUUUCUAUAAAGUUUAGGGAGCUGCUAUGUUAAAAUCUA